AUGGCGACACUUCAUCAGUAUGAUUACAUCUUUGCUCUGACUGUCAUAUUUGCCUGUCUCGAUGCAUGGAACAUUGGCGCCAACGAUGUGGCCAAUUCUUUUGGAACAUCGGUCUCCUCGAGAUCCCUCACCAUGAAACAGGCCAUGCUCGUAGCAGCAGUCUGUGAAUUCAGCGGAAGUGUAUCCGUGGGAUCGCGAGUAGCAGAUACCAUCCGCACAAAGAUUGUCGACCCCCACCACUACGACAGCUCACCCGGUGUUCUACUAUUGGUCAUGAUGUGCACCAUCGUGUCAUCCUCGAUCUUCCUCACUUUCGCAACACGACAAGGACUUCCUGUUUCGACGACACAUUCUCUUAUUGGCGGUUUAGUCGGUGCGGCUACGGCUUCGAUCGGUAUCCAAAAGGUUAGCUGGGGAUGGCAUGGGGUUUCGCAGAUUUUCGCAGCUUGGAUUAUUGCGCCGUUGAUCGCGGGAUGUUUCGGAUACGUGCUGUUUCUCUGCACGAAGAAAUUCAUCUUGACCAAGAGGACUGCCGUGAAGAGAGCCUUCUUUUCCAUCCCAGUUUACACUUAUCUCACUGUUGGUGCGCUGACGAUGCUUUUGGUCUGGAAGGGGAUUCACGUAAUUAACUUGUCUACGCGGGAUACAGUCAUUGCUAUCUUUGCUACCGCCACCGGAAUGACUUUUCUACAGGCUAUUUUUAUCCUGCCCUUUCUAUGGACGAGGAUUAUGCAUGAGGACUGGACUCUCAAAUGGUAUCAUGUCUUUCAGGGACCGAUGCUUCUAUGGCGAGCACCACCUCCACCGACACCGAUUGGCUUUACGAAACCCAGUAUCAGAGAUUAUUACCAGGGACAUCUCACGCGUGAGGAAUUGAACUACAUACGGACCUCGGAAACCCUUCUCCAAUCCAUCCAGACACCGAAUGGUGAAUUACCUGAUCUCGAUCGAGACGACGAAUGGAUCCUCCCUCCGCCAGCUCAAACACCACCCAAGACCCCACCGAAUCGAUUUGAACGACGCUCUUCUUCCGAGUUCGUACCUCCUUGUCCGGAAGGCGACUGGAAUAGCCCCCGCGUUUUGGCAUGGAAGGUGAACCGUGUGCUGCUUCGCGGCCUGGAGAAGGAUGUCGUGGCGAUGCAAAAGCGGAAUAAUAUUCUCAACUGGGACUUGGAGGACAUGCACGCCCGAUCAGCUCAUUACGACAACCGCGCAGAAUACAUGUACUCAGCCCUCCAGAUCCUCACCGCCGCAACAGCUUCGUUUGUUCACGGCGCAAACGACGUCAGCAACGCAGUAGCGCCUUUCACCACAGCAUACCAAGUAUGGUCCAGCGGUGGCAUCCCAGAAUACAUCGAGAUCCCCAUCUGGAUCCUCGCGGUAGGCGGAGCAUGUAUCGUGGUGGGCCUCCUCACAUACGGCUACCACGUCAUGCGCACGCUGGGCAAUCGUCUAACUCUGAUAUCACCCAGCCGCGGGUUCUGCAUGGAGCUUGCGAGCGCAGUGACGGUGCUCAUGGCGACGAGGCUGUCUCUGCCCGUAUCUACGACGCAGUGCAUUACAGGGGCGACGGUGGGUGUGGGUUUGGCGAAUGGCGAUUGGAGAUGCAUCAACCCGAAGCUUGUAGCGUGGAUAUAUCUUGGGUGGAUGGUCACGUUGCCUGUUACGGGGGUCAUUUCUGGGUGUUUGAUGGCGCUGAUUAUCAAUGCGCCGAGAUGGGAGGUGCAGAGCGUGUGA